CAGAGGCAGGUAAGGCAGAACCUGCCAUUUCAACUACAGGGGCCACCUGGUUUCACCUGGGCCACACAGACUGUUGUUUUGGAUUUUUCCCCUGAGUUCCUGAUGUAAAAACUGGAAUCUCUGGAGAGCCAUGACCUGAAUGCUGGAGCUCGGCAGGUAGGAGCAGAGUCUGGGAGAUGCCACAGUGCUGGGAGCACUCGGAGCUCUGGGAGAGUCUGGAUUCUGAUGGAUGGGGGGUGGCAGGGGUGGCACCUGCAGAGGUGACUUCCUGACCCUUGGAAUGAGCUUCCCAAGGCCGAGGGAUGCCUCAAGCAGAGCAGGGAGGCUCUGCAAUGGAACAUAGCCCAGAAACUCUUCCAGCCGGGCAGCCCCGAAGCCCCGGGGCUCGGCGCCUGGCUUUGGGCUGGGCUCUCGGCUCCCUCCUUCCUCCUGUCCCUCCCCCUGCCUGAGGCAGGAGCCGCAGGGCUGCGGGAGCGGGAGCCGCAGCCUCGCCUCGCCUCGCUGCUGCCUGCGGAGCCGCCGGCGGCGGCGGAGCUGAAAGCGGGCUCCUUUCUCUCAGCUGGAAACUACUGGGAUAUUUGGGCUUAUUUGGAGAUGAACCACUCUGAGAUGUGUCAUAUAAAAUAUGAUGGAAAUAUUGAUGGAUGAAAAAGUUAAAUACUUAAAGACCUCAGAGGAUCCUGUGAGGGUAUUUCACACAUAAAAAUGAAGAUAUCAAGACGACAAACCCAGCAGGUUGUACACAGGGGUGAGGCAGUAGUGGCUGCUCCAGGGGAUUUCUUCAAUGUGCCCAACAUAAAAAUAAUGGCAUCACUUCCUAAUGGCUUGGAACUGCUGCACUAAUGAGGGAAAACUGAAUUUCUCUGCCCAGAGAUUUUCUCUGGCCUAUUAAAUGAAGGAAGGAGGCCUUGCUCUUAUCAAGUUACCACAUGGAAGCAGAUUACUGUUAUUCAUCAUCUUAUACCAAUUAGUGUGAUAAGGGACAGCCCUGUCAUGGCAUGACCAAGAACUUCUGCCUCAGAUCAUCAGAGACCCCUGGAAAAGCCAAACUCCAGCAGGGCACAUUAGAGCACAAGGAGGAGAAUGGACUCAAACUCCUCAUUGGAUUGGCCUCACUUGGAUUUGCUGGAUUACAACAGGACCUACAAGUACCUUUACCUGGAAGGAAAUGUCUCCUACGUGGACUUCUACCUCCACCAGCCUUGGGUGGCUGCUGUCUUCAUCACCUCCUACCUGCUCAUCUUCCUCCUGUGCAUGGUGGGCAACGGGGGGGUUUGUUUCAUCGUGCUGUGGAGCAGGCACAUGCGCACGGUCACCAACCUGUUCAUCCUGAACCUGGCCGUCAGUGACUUGCUGGUGGGGCUCUUCUGCAUGCCCACCACCCUCCUGGACAACAUCAUUGCAGGUGGGCUGGCUGCCCGUGGGCUGGAGAGAGCCAGGGCUGUGUGUCCAGGGGACUCUGUGGGCAUUCUGAGUCAGUGGAAGGUGUCCCUGCCUGUGGCACGGUGUUCCUGGCCAUGGCUGGAACCACCCCAUGAGUCUACAGUUCUACUCACGAAAUGGAAGAUGAGAGCAAAUUAUUUUAAGCAGAGUCCUGCAAUGAGAUGGCAGCAAUUCCAAAAUGCCUGUUUCCUUGCAGGGUGGCCCUUUGGGAGCCUGGUGUGCAAGAUGAGCGGGAUGGUCCAAGGCAUCUCUGUUUCUGCCUCUGUCUUCACUCUGGUUGCUAUUGCCGUGGACAGGUUCCGGUGCAUCGUGCACCCGUUGAAGCCGAAGCCGACCGUCCCCACCGCCGUGGCCACCAUCGCGGUGAUCUGGGCGCUGGCCGUAGCCAUCAUGUGUCCCUCAGCGGCGCUGCUGCGGCUGCGGCAGGAGAAGCGCUUCCAGCUGCUCCUGGGCACGGGCAAUGCCACCCGCCCGGUGUUCUGGUGCCGGGAGGAGUGGCCCGAGCCAGCCAUGAGGAAGGCCUACACCACGGUGCUCUUCGCCAACAUCUACCUGGCUCCGCUGGCGCUCAUUGCGCUCAUGUACGCCAGGAUCGGCGUUUUCCUGAGCCACGCCGCCGUGCCCACGCUGGGGAAGCGCGGCCGGGAGCAGCGGCGCGGAGCAUGGAGGAGGAAGCGGAAAGCCAUCCACAUGCUGCUCCUCGUCACCCUGCUCUUCGCCCUGUCCUGGCUUCCCCUGUGGAGCCUGAUGCUGCUGUCGGACUACGGCAGCCUGUCGGACGUGCAGCUGCGGCUGAUCAAUGUGUACAUCUAUCCCCUGGCCCACUGGCUGGCCUUCUCCAACAGCAGCGUCAACCCCAUCAUCUACGGCUUCUGCAACCGGAGCUUCCGCCGCGGCUUCCAGGCCGCGCUCCGGCUCCAGCUCUGCUCCAGGCCCGCCUCGGCCCAGCCAGCCCCGGGCCAGGCCGCCCUGCCCGCUGCCCCCUGCCCGCCGGCCCGGGAUCCCCCUCCCCACACAGCCGAGGGAGGAAACUGGGUCAAUAAGCAGCAGGAUUUGCUCAUGGAGGAGCUCGAAGAGAAAGGGGUGGAGUGAAAGGUGCUGCGAUUCUGAGAAUCUCUCUGUUCCCCAUGGAACAGGGCUGCUUGAACCCUGUUUGUGGUCAUAUUUCAUUCCUGUGAGGAAUCCCUCAUCCUGUAACUCUCAUGGACUGAAAUACUGCAGACCCAGGCUGGCACCCAGCCACUCCUGGAUUAUCUCAUGGUUGUGCUUCUUCCUGGACAUUGUGAACGCUGGGUCCUGCUCAAAUGACAAAAUUUAGCAUUUUCCGUCACAUUCCACUUAUUCCCCUUGGUUGCUGUUAUUUCUGUCACGUCCAUUAUUAUUGCAGCUAGAGAAACAAAUGGAAAUUUGAGAAAUAAAGGAUAAAAAAUUG